AUGACGGAUGCACAACAGCUAAUCGACUACGUGCGUUCCUACUUACCACUCCACGCUCUCGACAGCUGAGAGCUCCUGCUAACCCGCAAACCCAUCAGGCCCGCAACCAAUUCAACGAAAUCGCCGCCGACGUAGAACGACACUUCGACCUCGUAGCCGGAAACCUCCGCGAACGAUUCGCGAAACCACUAGGCGUCGCUCCUCCCCCUCGUCGCUUACCGUCUCCUACCACAUUCCAGGUCGUCCAGCGAUGGAUCCAUCGACAUAAAGCUCUUACGGCUGCUAUUGUGGCCUUUUUCGUUACAGGAUCUCUAGGGACGUUGGUGUAUGUUUGGGGCAAAGAUGCGAAGAGGAAGAGAAGAGCAAGGAAAUCUGCUAGCGGCGCAAGGACGGAUGUGGUGAUUAUCGCGGGUGCGGUCGCGAAUCCACUUACCAGUGCGCUAUACUUGGAUCUGGAAAGGAGGGGGUUUGUGGUAUAUGUUGUUGCGAAUACGGCGGAAGAUGAGUACUAUAUCCGCUCGCAGAGUCGUGCGGAUCUGCUUCCUUUGCCGCUGAACAUGGUGGAUCCGUUCACGGCGCAACAGCAGCGAUCCCAGUUGCAGCAUUACCUGGCAAAGGAACACCAUGCUUUCGAAAGAGCUGAGCCACAUAGAAUGCGUCUGGCGGGAUUGAUCUUGGUUCCGGAUACGCAGAGUGCGCCGGCGAAAGUCGAGGAUAUCAGUUCCGAGGAGUGGAGCGACGCGUUGAAUGCGAAGGUGCUGAAUACGAUCGCAACGACACAAUUACUGCUACCCAUCGUCAUCGAGCACAAGGCGAGAGUCCUACUCUUAACGCCAUCGAUGACGCCCGCGAUCCGGCCGCCAACGCACGCGAUGGAGAGCACUGUGUUUGGAGCUCUACAGGGCUUCAGCACAUCGCUCGCGGCUGAACUCAAGCAGGAGGGAGUGUCAGUGUCACACCUCAAGCUUGGACAUAUCGACGUUCCAGCGAACAGACACCGGCGCAAUGGAAUGCCAGCACCUCGACUGAAGCCCACUCCCGUUCGAAGACUACACGAUACCGUCUUCGACACACUGGUUACCAAGCGACCUCGGAGGACUUACUAUGUUGGCCGCGGAAGCUUCACCUACGAUGUGAUUGGCAGCAUUCUACCUCCCGAUUUUGUUGCCUGGAUGAUGGGGGUGGGUAGGAAGCCGGCGAUGGCAAAGCAGGCGAGCGAGGAAGAUAUGCAUGGCAGUGCGGGCAGCUUGACUUGGGAGAAGAUUGAUGCUUGA